GUGUGUGGUUUCCCCUGGCCGGAGACAAACAGUCUUCCUCUUCGAAACGUGCCGAUGGGAGACCUCAGAAGGUUCCUCUGAGCCUUGAAAGGGAGGAAGGUUUGAAGCCAGACUUGGACAAAGCCCCAAGCGACGGCUGUGGGAGCAGAAGGAGAUGGGAAGAGAAUGAAGAAUUUGGGCACCUGGAUGGACUCGCGGCGCAAGGCCAGAGUGUUUGCGAGGGGGAGUUGUGCUGAGCAGCAUCUUCUGUGUUUAUUCUGACAGACAUUAUUAUUCCUGGGUGCAGGAGACAGAGGCUGGUCCUCACAUGAAUGAAACUUCCAAGCAGGUUACAAAUCCAGCAUGCGUGAGGGAUAAAUUCACCUGUGCGUAAAAUUGCAGUCGAAAGGGGGAAGGGUAGUGCAGACUCCCGACAGAGGAGGGCUUGUGUAAUGGCAUGCUGGCUUCCCAACAGCUGAUGACUUUUGGAAAGGACACAAAACUGUGUUCAAGAGGUCUUUCUGUGUACCUUGAAUGCAUUCUUUCAAACGUUGCCUUGCCUCUGGGACCCUCGGAGCCCCUCGUGUUGCCUCUUUAAAACAGCAAACUUGGAAAACACCUUCCUAACGGCAAGAUGAAAAGCCCCAUCACAUAGAAUGACAACGGAGAGUAUUUCAAAAUUCAAAGUUUUGCAGCAGAUGGGAAGAGUCUCAAUUAAACCAUGAAACUGCUGUAACAAAACAGCCUGAAGAAACAUCGGACUCCUCCUUUCACUGAUUAGCUUGAAGACAUUUUUUUAACCUUUUUUUUUAUGGUGUUGUACGGGAAAUUGCACCCACAGAACAUCAGCCUCUGCUGGGAGGGGGAGGGAGCAGCUGCCUGGAGCCCUUGCAUACAAUUCAGAGGCUCCGCUUUUGUCUCCAACAUGGACACCUCCAAAUCUCCCUUGCUUCAGAAUAAGUUUUCGGUCGCCCGCUUGGCCGAGGAGUUUUUCUGGAUUGGUGGCAGCAUUGUGGCUACGCCGAAAUGGAAAAUGGGCCAAAUUGUGGAAAGAUGUAUGAGCUCCAUGCAAGCUGGCACCCAGAUGAUCAAACUCCGCGGCAGUUCCAAAGGGCUAGUCCGGUUCUAUUACCUCGAUGAGCACAAGUCGUGUAUUCGCUGGAGACCAUCGCGCAAGAAUGAGAAAGCCAAAAUUUCCAUUGACUCCAUCCAGGAGGUGUGCGAGGGGAAGCAGUCGGAGAUCUUCCAGCGCUAUGCCGACGGGAGCUUCGACCCCAACUGCUGCUUCAGCAUCUACUACGGAGACCACAUGGAGUCCCUGGACCUGGUGUCCUCGACCGGGGAGGAGGCCCGCACCUGGAUCACAGGGCUCAAGUACCUGAUGGCAGGGAUCAGUGAUGAAGACAGCCUGUCAAAGCGGCAGAGGACGAGAGACCAGUGGUUGAAGCAAACCUUUGAUGAGGCCGAUAAGAACGGUGACGGCAGUUUGAGUAUUAAUGAGGUGCUCCAGCUGAUGCACAAACUGAAUGUGAACCUUCCCCGGCAGAAAGUCAAGCAAAUGUUUAAGGAGGCGGACACGGACGAUAACCAGGGCACGCUGGGCUUCGACGAGUUCUGCGCCUUCUACAAGAUGAUGUCGACGCGGCGCGAUCUGUACCUGCUCAUGCUCACCUACAGCAACCACAAGGACUACCUGGAUGCUGACGACCUGAAGCGCUUCCUUGAGAUUGAGCAAAAGAUGACAAAUGUGACCAAGGAGUACUGCCUGGAAAUUAUCAACCAGUUUGAACCGUGUCCGGAGAACAAGAAGCAGGGAGCACUGGGAAUUGACGGCUUCACCAAUUACACCCGGAGCCCAUCGGGGGACAUCUUCAACCCAGAACACCACCAGGUGAACCAGGACAUGACCCAGCCUUUGAGUCACUACUUCAUCACCUCGUCCCACAACACCUACCUCAUGGGGGAUCAGCUGAUGUCUCAGUCCAGGGUGGACAUGUAUGCCUGGGUGCUGCAGGCAGGCUGCCGCUGUGUGGAAGUUGACUGCUGGGAUGGACCAGAUGGCGAGCCCAUUGUCCACCAUGGAUACACCCUCACCUCCAAGAUUCUCUUCAAAGAUGUGAUUGAAACCAUCAACAAAUACGCCUUCAUCAAGAACGAGUAUCCUGUUGUUCUGUCCAUUGAGAACCACUGCAGUGUCCUCCAGCAGAAGAAGAUGGCUCAAUAUCUUACUGAAAUCCUAGGGGACAAGCUGGACCUGUCUUCUGUGCACAAUGAGGAUCCCACCAAACUCCCUUCCCCCGAAAAUCUUAAAGGAAAGAUAUUAGUAAAGGGCAAGAAGCUUCCAGCCACCAUUAGUGAUGACGCAGAGGAAGGGGAAGUGUCUGAUGAAGACAGCGCUGAUGAAAUUGACGACGACUGCAAGCUAAUGAAUGGAGAUGCUUCCACCAAUCGGAAGCGAGUAGAGAAUAUCGCAAAGAAGAAACUUGACUCGCUGAUAAAGGAAUCCAAAAUCCGUGACUGUGAAGAUCCAAACAAUUUUACAGUCGCCACUCUGCCGCCAUCUGGGAAACUCGGCCAAAAGUCAGACGUCAAGAAGAACAAACUUGAAGAUGAUGUGGCGUCUGGGGAAGACGCAAGCACCAACAAACGGUACAGCCGAUCGCUGAUGGGCAGCUUUUCCAAGCGCAAGAAAAAGGGGAGCAAAUUGAAAAAAGCAUCCAGCUUGGAAGAAGGGGAAGAUGACCAAGAUUGUCAAGGAAACUUAGCCCGGGGCUCGGUGCACUACAGCAGGAUAAGCAGACAGAAGAAAACAAUGAAGCUUUCCCGGGCUCUCUCUGACCUGGUGAAGUAUACCAAGUCUGUUGGGAUCCAUGAUGUUGAAACUGAAAUCUCUUCCAGUUGGCAGGUCUCAUCUUUCAGCGAGACAAAGGCCCACCAGGUACUCCAGCAAAAGCCAGCACAAUAUCUGCGUUUCAACCAACACCAGUUGUCCCGCAUCUACCCAUCUUCCUAUCGCGUUGAUUCUAGCAAUUACAAUCCCCAGCCCUUCUGGAACGCUGGCUGUCAGAUGGUCGCAUUGAACUAUCAGUCUGAGGGGCGAAUGCUGCAGCUGAAUCGGGCCAAGUUUAAUACCAAUGGGAAUUGUGGCUAUGUCCUCAAACCAAAGUGCAUGUGUCAAGGUGUCUUCAACCCAAAUUCCGAAGACCCUCUCCCCAAUCAGAUGAAGAAGCAGCUGGUGUUGAGGAUAAUCAGUGGGCAACAGCUACCAAAGCCACGGGACUCCAUGCUGGGAGACAGAGGAGAGAUUAUAGAUCCAUUUGUAGAGGUCGAGAUCAUAGGGUUACCAGUGGACUGCUACAAAGAGCAAACUAGAGUGGUUGAUGACAAUGGUUUUAAUCCGAUGUGGGAGGAGACGCUGGUGUUCACAGUGCACAUGCCAGAGAUUGCGCUGAUACGCUUCCUCGUGUGGGAUCACGAUCCCAUUGGGCGGGAUUUCAUUGGACAGAGGACGAUCGCGUUUACAAGUAUGAUGCCAGGCUAUCGGCACGUGUACCUGGAAGGCAUAGAAGAGGCGUCCAUCUUUGUGCAUGUAGCUAUUAAUGACAUCUGCGGUAAGGUCAAGCAAGCUCUGGGCUUAAAAGGUCUCUUUCUCAGAAAUCCAAAACAGGCCUCUCUAGACAGUCAUGCUGCUGGUCAACUCCAUCGCAAACACUCCUUUAGCAGCCACAUCUUACGGCGGACAGCCAGCGCCCCCACCAAGAGCCAGAAGAAGACCAAGAAAGGCUUUCCCGAGAUUGCUAUCGACACCAAAGACAAUAGCUCGGAAGGGGCCAGUGAAGACCGUGAACUGGAAGAUUCUUCCCAGCCUCGCUUUGACAAAGAGCCGGAAAGCUCCUCUCCAACGCUGGCUCCCGGAGUGGGGGCCAAUGGGGAGGUACAUGGCAAAGGGUUGAAAGGUAAGGCCCAUGGUUCUGGUAAAGGUAAACCCCAAGCUCGUACUCCUGGGGGUGCAGCUUUCAGCGAGCCCACCCGGAGGUCCAACAGGGUCCGUCUCCAGGAGCACCAGGACGAGAAACAGAGCGUCUUUGCACGGUGCGCCAUCAAUGGCUCCGGUAGGAUUGGAGUGGCAACCAAUUGCAUGAGAUGCAUGAUUGGUUGCAAGGAGAGCCCCGAUCUAGAAUGCAAGUGGAGUGACCCGGUGGCCAGGCCGAGCGCUAAAGAGACGCUGCACCGCGAUCAGUAUAGCAGUCUCGUGGGAGACGAGAGGUUAGAACUAAAAAAUUGGGGAAUAGUAGAGCAACCUAGACCCCGGUCAGACUUGCAGAUUUGCAGCAGCCUCGGAGGGGUCAGUGACCAACCAAGGAGCACUCAGCCCUUUGUGACUCCAGGGAAGAAAAACGGUGAAACUAAGUGUCACGGGAUGAAAGCUCAUCCCCGGCAGAGGUGGCAGUGCCAAUCAGGUGGCAAGUAUGGAAGCACUGUCAACUUGGUGACAGCUAGCAAUGGCUCCAUAUCCUCCAACUCCAGCAGCCUAGAGAGCCUUGGAAGCCCCGAAUUCCCCAAGCGCUGCUCUGAGAAUUCCCGAAGGCAAGUGGGCACCCUUCAGAGGGAGAUGAAUGCCUUGUUCGUUCAAAAAUUGGAGGAAAUUCGAAGUAAAUCCCCUAUAUUCUUUACUGAUGUCUGCCAGCUCUCCAUGCAGAGGUCAGUCACUUCUUUAUGCAGUCUAGAAAUUAUCACCGAAGAGCCCGGCUUUGCCAAUGGAAAACAACGUGCUGGUCCCUGCACCUUUCUGCCUGAUACCUCUACUAGUGAUUCUGAACAAGGGUCGGUGUCUCAUCAUCCCAGUGAAUCUAGAUCGGCAGGAAGUAGCCCAGCUGACCAGCCUGAGAAAGCUCUUCUUGCUCAUGAGCCACCAGCAGAAGACCAAACGGUUGUAAGUCCCAGGGCAGCAGCCACAAGCCUGUUGGGCCUGAAAGAUGAAAGUGGACGCAGCGAGGGACCACUCGAAGAUGGGGGUGACUGCGGAGAGACCCACGGGAGUGGUGGAGAUCGGUCUAGUUUGGCAGCGUGUCCUCAACAAAGCGGGGGGAUGUUGGCACUGAGUGAUGCUUCGGUCCGUUCCACUGAAAACUGCCAGAAGCCAAACGACUGUCCAGUGUUACCUGAUGGGAACCACGCUGCCGAAUCUGUAAGCCAGAAGGAUGGUGCCGCAACUAGCCCACCCCAGAUACAUCACAGGAACAGCAGCACACAGCCGACUUUGCCUCCAGCAGUUUUCCAGAAAAUCCAGCCUGCUCAGGCUCCGGCUGCUGCUGCUUCUCUGACCAGCUCUCACGUGUUACUGAGAAGGUCCAAAAGCGAAGGGCCCAAGAAUUCCGACUCCUCCGCCUUCACGAGAAAUCCCAACAGCCUCUCCCCGACCGCAGAAGUGUACUCCGAUGCCACUGUCCACGACCAGAUCUGGAGCAAGCUAGAUGCCAGCAGUCACCGGGACAGCGUGUCUUCCUCCUCCAGCAUGUCCUCCAACGACACUGUGAUAGACCUCUCUCUGCCCAACCUCGCUCGCAAAAGCCUUCCGGAUCUCGGGACCCAUCGCGAAAACAGUGAGACCGUUGCUGUGAGAAAGGCCAUGCGCCCCCGGUCUGCAACGACCUCUGGGAGCGAAAUGCCAGUGGUGACCAAGAGCAAAUCCAAUCCCAACCUGCGGGCGGACCAGACGCCCAUGGAUGAGCUGAACCCCAGGCCUCUGGCCAGGGUUCCUCAAGAUACAUUGGCCUCCAUCCCCAGGAGGCAUACCUGGAGCAGACUCUACAUGGAAAGUCUCAGACAGUCGUCUCUCAAGUCCAAAGCCCAAGAUAGAGCUGGAACUGGCCAGGCAAAAUCCAAGAGCCUUGGGGAUCUCACCUCCGACGACAUCGCAUGCACUUUUGAAAGCAAGUACCGGAGCAUCAGCCGGAGCUUCGUCACUAGGUCGAUGCGAGAGCAGCGCCGCUUCUCGGGCACACGGUCUUCGGCCAAGCCCCAGGACCAUCUGACCGAGCAGCUGAAGAAGCUGAUGGCUUUUCAGGAGGAAAAUGACAUCACCUCCCCCACUAGCCUGGAGCCAGUUGAAUCCGAGGAGGAAGCGGAGGGCUUGCUCCUCCGCAGGUCCUCCUCCCGCAGCCAGAGCAGGGUGCGGUACAUUGCCAACCGGGCCAAGCAAGCCCAGGAGAGGCAGCGGCUGCAAAGCCUGAGUCAGAUCAACGGGAGCCCCAUUGAGGAGAGGGGAAACCCCGAGGGAGCCUGCUGCGUGGUGAGAGGGGUUUGUAUGGACUCAGCUUCCCCCCCUCUGUUUACGCCGCAGCUAAAGAACCAAACGGACUUUAACCAGGACACUGAGGUUUUCUUCAUGCUGAAACUUUAAUGCUGGGAAGCGCUGAACAAGGUCGAUGCUUACAUUCCUGUCCAAGCAAAACUUGAAAACCCAAGAGCAUGAAAUGCCCACACGCAAGAUAACAUUUCUUCACCCCUGUGGAUGAUAAAGCAACCAAAGAGAUUGGCUGUGAAGAAAUGGAUGCCAGUGGAUUGGACAUCCAAAUCAGAGCCAGCCUAGUAGAGUCAGUGGCGUGCCGAGCCGGUUACAGUUCACAGGUCUAGGGUUUGGGGGUGGCUCAUUUUGUUUUUGCAGCCUUUUUUUCUAUCUGAUCACCGGUUUGCCCCUGCAGUUAUCUGUGUGCUCAAGCCACAUGGUUUCCGCCUGCCAGGUAAACCUCUGCAUGACGCUCCCAGGGCCCACCGCUGCUUGCUCUUGCAAACUGCAGGUCCAUAAAGGGAAACCUGGCUUUAAAAUCUGGCCCCUGGGCUGUUUUUCCUGAAGAGGUGUCUGAGGGUGUCUUUUCUUCCCGAGAGUCAAAAACAGCAUAGCCGUUUUCUGUGUUAAUCAUCUAACCAGCAGAGUCAACUGCCCAGCCUGAUCUUAUAGUUUCCAGUGAAAGUCCCCGUUACCUUGGUUCUUUAUGCUGAGGAAGAAAUCUUUCCAUGCUUAGAGGCAGUGCUUUUUAAACCAGUCUGUCCCGAUGUACAAACUGUCCAAGUAUUAUUUCAGAACUUAAUGUGGGGAGAGGAGGAAGGUGCUAGAAAACAGGCAGGAAAUGUCUUCUAUUGACUUUGUUUAGCUCUGUGGUAGCAAAAAUGAAGGCUACUAGUCCUUUGGAAAGAGAAUUGACCCUGGUAGGUGAGAUUUUGACCAAGCUGCUGUACACAGCACCGUCAGGAUGCAUUUUACUUUUUUUUUUCUGUUAUGCACUGCCAGGCAAGAUUUUGUUUUAAAAAGAUAGAUAUCUAUAUCUAUAUAUAUAUAUAUACAUUUUUAGAUGAACAUAUUUAGAAUUGAACCCAACCUGAACAGAAUAUUUUUUUUCAUUUUAUAACCUUUUUUAUUUUUAGUUUUAUUUUUGUCAGGAUUAUCGUUUGUUUGAGCCUAAAUGUGCAUUUUGUGGGUGGAGGAGGAGAAUGUUGGUCGAGACGUGGUUUUUAAAGUGAGAGCUAACACUUUCAUUUUAAUUGCUGACGGCCUUGUCCCUUUGAUGGGGGAUAGUUUUGUUUGUAACGAUCCCCCUCUGGAUAUUUCAAAAUUUUAAAAUCUAUUUGUAAAACCAUCUGACGCUACUCAAAUAAAAGCAUUUAACCUUU